UUUUUUUUUGGUCCCCUCCCUUCCUCUCCUUUUCUUUUUACCAAAGUAUAUUCAUCAAACUGCUGAGUUGGAAAGCUCUGUAAUGAGUUUUUGAGCUGUACGACUGUGUUUUUUUCCUCUCCCCCCUUCGUCUUUCUAAAUCUUCAUCUGACAUUAAAUAAAGCAAAUCCCAAACAGAUUAACUGUCGUACGGUUCUGCUCCGUCUCCCCAGUCUGUUCCCAGGUCUGGCUCGGGGCCGGGCGGCGGCAGCGGGCGAUGCCCGGGCGGCCCGCAGAGGUCCAUGUGGCGCGCUAGGUGGGAUCCCGGCGUCCUGAAGGCCGAGGCCCUGGCCCUCCUGCCCUGUGGCCUGGGCAUGGCGUUCUCCCAGUCGCACGUGAUGGCCGCCCGGAGGCACCAGCACAGCCGGCUCAUCAUUGAGGUGGACGAGUACAGCUCCAACCCCACCCAGGCCUUCACCUUCUACAACAUCAACCAGGGACGCUUCCAGCCGCCGCACGUGCAGAUGGUGGACCCUGUGCCUCACGAUGCCCCCAAGCCACCUGGCUACACCCGCUUCGUCUGUGUGUCGGACACCCACUCGAGAACCGACCCCAUCCAGAUGCCCUACGGCGACGUGCUCAUCCACGCCGGGGACUUCACGGAGCUGGGGCUCCCGAGCGAGGUCAAGAAGUUCAACGAGUGGCUUGGCAGCCUGCCGUACGAGUACAAGAUCGUGAUUGCCGGCAACCACGAGCUGACGUUCGACCAGGAAUUCAUGGCUGACCUCAUCAAGCAGGACUUUUACUACUUCCCGUCCGUGUCGAAGCUGAAGCCGGAGAACUACGAGAACGUGCAGUCCCUGCUGACCAACUGUGUCUACCUGCAGGACUCCGAGGUCACGGUGCGGGGCUUCCGCAUCUACGGCUCGCCGUGGCAGCCGUGGUUUUAUGGCUGGGGCUUUAACCUCCCACGAGGCCAAGCACUGCUAGAGAAAUGGAACCUCAUCCCUGAAGGCGUAGACAUCCUGAUAACCCACGGACCGCCACUGGGCUUCCUGGACUGGGUCCCCAAGAAGAUGCAGCGGGUGGGCUGCGUGGAGCUGCUCAACACGGUGCAGAGGCGCGUCCAGCCACGGCUGCAUGUCUUUGGCCACAUCCACGAAGGGUACGGUGUCAUGGCAGAUGGGACAACCACCUACGUGAACGCGUCUGUGUGCACCGUGAACUACCAGCCUGUGAAUCCGCCCAUAGUCAUUGACCUGCCCACACCCCGGAACUCCUGACUGCCCCUGCUGUCUCAGCCCUUCCUGCUCACAUCAGCUACACAUGCCUGGCCGAGAGCACAGACUCCCAACCACCCUUCCUUCC